AUGAAGAUCACCGCGCUUUUGGUUCUCGCCGUCUCGGUUCUAGGCGUGCCCGUGCCGCCGGAAGGUCCAAGUCGAGAAAAUGCAAUCAAACGAGAUGGCUUAACAGAAUUCGACACAGACCUGUGUCUCAUCAAGAGGGAGGAGGCUAAACGGGGAAUUAUUGGGGUUGGGAUCAACAACUGUGACUUUUAG